ACCAUUUCAGCGACCUCCUGGGCGGCUGUCUCUGGCGUGUACACUGCAAAAACCCCGCUUCUAAACUAGGUGCAUAUUACGCAACCCCCCUCACGCUCUCUCUGUGCGAUGGCCGUCUGAUAUCCUUCAUUGUACUGACUAUAGUAUUGCCCACUCUUGCGCUUUCUUCGUCCGCCAGUCUCAGACAACGCUUGGAGAAGCACAAAUACCACACGGAUCCCGCCUCGUAUCUGCUGCUUCACCGCCCUAUGUCUCCGCACCUUCGAGUCUCACCCUGUCAUGUCCACUACUAAAGCCAAUCUCGACGCCGUCCGGACUCGAGAGGAUGCAAAUAAGAAAGUAGCACCAUCUACGGCAUCCAGCGUCGCUACUGCUCCCGCCCCCUCAGAGCUCGAGGCGUCUCAGGCUUCGAAUUCCUAUGCCGCCUGGCAUGGUAGACCUAUCGCGACGCUGCAUCCAUACGUGCCUAUGUCGUUGGACGACAUUCCCCUCCCACCGCCCGACGUUGUCACCCCAAGGGACCGGCACAUCAUUGACCUCCAGAUCGCCAAGAUCACCAAGGCGUGGAAGGACUCACGCAGGAACGCCGACGAGUACCUGCAUGAGAUGAAUACUUGGGCGGCGCAGGUUGCAGAGGAAAGCAAGGCAGCGGAGACGAAGUCGCUUUGAGGUCGUGUAUGCAUUUCUGUCAUCUUGGAAGAGCCUGCAACAGACUCUGCAUCAGUGGCUGAAGGAGUGGGACUUUGUAUGUAUGCACGUCGUAUGGUACUCGUGCGCAUUUUGGACUUCGAACUGACGUUUGGACACGCAUAUAUGGACUUGUACGUACAUGUCUGUAUGCAGUAGUAUCCUAGCUAUCUUCUCUCGUUGUAGUAGUUCUCUCUGCACCCGUUGCCUGAUUUCAGCUUGGC